UACAUAACCAUCUCUCUCCUUCCCUACUACCUCUUCACACUCCUCACUCCCCUCUCUCUCUACUUUCUCUCUCUAAAAAAAUCACUCAUCUCAGUCUUCAUUCCUCUUCAAACCCACACCAUUUUCUCCGCUCUUUUCUCCCCAUGAAGAACUCGUCUCAACUCACAACUCACCCCUACUAUUACUCCCCAAAACCCACUCAUUUUCACCAUUUCUGAACAAAAAAACCCUAAUAUUUCAUACCCAUCAAUCAAAUUCUCAACCAUUUGCACUAAUAAUCAGUACCCACGUCGUAAAAAUGGAGAAAAAACAAGGGUUCUUCGCCGCUCUCAAGGACGAGGUGGUUCGCGGCCUUUCCCCGUCUCGAUCUCGCUCCAGCAGCCCGGCCCGAAACGCGUCGCCAAUAACCGGUUUUCUCCGCCGGAAAAAGAGUAACAGCAACGGUUAUUGUACUGUUAACAGUGUCUACAUGUCGCAGCCUGAUAGGUUGGUAGCGAGAUCAGGGAGUUUAAGGCCGGUUGUAGGUGAAACAUUGACGCCGUUGAUUGAAGGGCCGGAUCCAGACGGGUCAGAAAGUGAGACAAAACGGGCUGUUGGGUCGGGUUUGGGGAACUGGAUGAGAGGGCAAUUGUCAAGAACGCCGUCUGUUAGUAGUGUGGGUUAUAAACGGUCUGAUCUGAGGCUGUUAUUGGGUGUUAUGGGUGCUCCGUUAGCUCCUCUUCAUGUUAGCUCCACUGACCCGUUACCUCACUUAAGCAUCAAAGACACUCCCAUUGAAACUUCCUCAGCUCAGUACAUACUGCAGCAAUAUACGGCUGCCUCUGGUGGGCAGAAGUUGCAGAAUUCUAUUAGAAACGCGUAUGCAAUGGGGAAGGUGAAAAUGAUAGCUUCAGAAUUUGAAACGGCCACAAAGGUAGUGAAGAACAGGAAUGGUUCUAGAGCUGUUGAGUCGGGUGGAUUUGUACUCUGGCAGAUGAAUCCUGAUAUGUGGUACGUCGAGCUUGCUGUUGGGGGUAGUAAGGUUCAUGCUGGCUGCAAUGGAAAACUUGUUUGGAGACACACCCCAUGGCUCGGUGCUCAUACUGCAAAAGGCCCUGUUAGACCUUUGCGUCGUGCACUUCAGGGCCUUGAUCCGAGAACCACAGCGAGUAUGUUUACUGAUUCGAGGUGCAUAGGAGAGAAGAAGAUUGACGGUGAGGAUUGCUUUAUCCUAAAGCUAUGUGCUGAUCCUGAGACACUCAAGGCUAGGAGUGAAGGCCCUGCAGAGAUCAUAAGGCAUGUUUUGUUUGGAUACUUCAGCCAGAGGACCGGUCUGCUUGUUCAUAUGGAGGAUUCACAUCUUACCCGCAUUCAGUCUAAUGGCGGUGACGCUGUUUUUUGGGAGACGACAAUCAAUUCAUUUCUCGAUGAUUACAGAUCUGUUGAAGGAAUCAUGAUUGCCCACUCGGGUCGCUCGGUUGUGACCCUUUACAGAUUCGGCGAGGAGGCUAUGAGUCAUACCAAGACGAAGAUGGAGGAAGCUUGGACCAUCGAAGAGGUUGCAUUUAAUGUUCCGGGUCUUUCAGUAGAUUGUUUUAUACCUCCGGCAGAUUUAAAAUCGGGGUCCAUCAGUGAAACCUGCGAGCUUGCGCAAGACGAAAGAGGAAAGAGUGCAAUGGCAUUGGCAGCUAGAGCAAAACUUGCCGCACUCGAGAAAGAUCACGAUAACGGCUGUGAGAAGAUGAUGUGGAAGAUGGAGAUCUAACAAAAGGUUAGGGUUUGAAUUAGGGCAAUUGUUUAUACUUCUAGCUAGUUUUAAUCCACUAACCCAAUAGAAGUGGCAAAGUUAGAACUUGAAGUCAUUUUUUGGGGACUUUAGGAUAAUAUGCCUCUAUAAAUCUGUAAAUAGAGCAUAAUCAUUCACGGCUUCAAACUCGGCCUCGAUGAAUCGAUAUAAGCUCGAUGCAGAAUCCGACUAGGGAGUUGGAGCUCGGUUUUCCAAUUAGGGAUAUAGAGCAGAUAGAGCCAUUAACCUUUUUUUAGAGUUCUAAUGUUUUUGCUAAAAGAUUUGCAUACAGCAGUGGCAGCAAGAAGGGAAGCUGCUACUGGCCAAUAUGAAUUUAACUCCAUUGUUGUCUAGUUUGUUAAACUUCUGAUUCGAGUUUCUUACUCUGUUUUUUGUGUGGUUGCUGAUUUGAUGUAAAAGUUGCUUCUAAUUAUUAAAGGAAAUGCAAAUUCAACCUCAUUUUGUGUUUCAAA